AAAAACCGUAAUGCUUAUAAACUGGAUAGUCUGAAUAGGGAGCUAGAGACUAGAAGUCUUACAAAACGAGAAGAAUUUUCAGGAAGUGUUUCAUUCUUUCAUCCAGACGUUGGUGCAUGCGGUAAAAAAAAUACGGACCAUGAUUUUGUUUGUGGAAUAUCAAAAGAAAGAUUCGGUGAUUCACCCGAUCCAAACAAGAAUCCAAACUGUGGUAGACAGAUUAAAGUGACUAGAGGUUCGAAAACAGUCACAGUCACAGUUGAGGAUAUAUGUACAGGAUGUCACAAAGAUGAUCUUAAUUUAUCUCCGGACGCGUUCGAUCAAAUCGCUGAUCAGUCGGCUGGACGUGUGGAUUGCACUUGGGAGUUCUUGUCAUAA